UAUAGGAACACAAGGAAAAAAAGGCCAUUUGGCCCCUUGUACCAUUCUUUACCUCAGCGCCACUUUCCUGCACUAACCCUACAACUUUUGAUUUCUUUAAUGUCUAAAAAUCUAUUGAUCUUACUCAGUGACUAAGAUUCCACAGUCCUCUUCGGAACAGAAUUCCAAAGAUUCACAAUCCUAUGGGUGAAGGAAUUUCUCAAUUGAAUGGCCAGUCCUUAUUCCGAGACCUAGACGCACAGCCGGGGAAAACAUCUACUCUGUUAAUCGUUCAAUUUUGGUCAUGUUUGCUACCUUCCAAUCUGUGGGAACUGUUCUAGAAUCUAUGGAAUUUUGGAAGAUAAUCAAAUGAGGUUAUGUGGGUUGAAAUAAAGAACCAAAAAAGAAGCAAUGACACUACUGGGAGUCUACUGUAGGCCUCCAAACAAUCUGGGGAAGACAGAAGAACAAAUUUAUGCUGGCUGACCUGCUGAGUUCCUCCAGUAUUAUCAUAUCAGAAGAUACAUCAGCGUCAGAGCAAUGGAAGAUCGAGGAGGUUCAAGAUGCAGCCUGACCUACUGAGUAUUUCCAGCAUUUUCUGAUUGGAUACAGCCUGGCUGUUUACCCCAAUGCUUGUGCGUCAAGACUGCGUUGAACAUUUACAUUCAGUUUGGGAUAUCACUAAGUCACUUACCUUCUCAAGGGCAAUUGGGAAUAGACAAAAAAAUAUUGACCCUGCCAUUAAUGUACACAUGCCAAGAAUGCAUGCAAAAGAAAUGAAUUGCAAAGUUCUUGCCAGUAAAUCAAGGCCUUUCUUUGUGCAAGAUAUCUUUGAUGAAAGGUGUACAGCAAAGUGCUGUGUUGGCCAGCAGAUUUGAGUUUGGUGGAAGUUUUCAGAAACACCUGAAAGAAUGGGUAUGAGAAUUAAACUACACAGUGCUGACCACCCUAAUAAUCUUCUUAAGGAACUCAAUAAGUUUAGGCUCUCCGAAAUCAUGUGUGAUGUAAUCAUUGUGGUCGGCAACCGAACAUUUUCAGCACAUAAGUCAGUGUUGGCAUGUGCCGCCGGUUAUUUCCAGAAGCUCUUUCUGAAUUCGGAGGUUAACUCUGUAAGAACAUAUGUGGUAGACUUUAUUACACCAGCAAAUUUUGAAAGGAUCUUGAAUUUUAUCUAUACAGCAGAACUUUUCACAGAUCUAAUCAAUGUUGGUGUAAUCUAUGAGAUGGCGGAGAAGCUAGGAAUGCAGGAUCUCUUGAAGGCCUGUUACUCUACAUUCCCUGACCUGGAAAAAACAGAAACCAGCAAAGUGACAGAAAGGCCAACUGAAGACUACGCACUUCUUACCGGGACCUCAAAUGAACAAAAUCCCCCUGGGGGAAACUCGAGGACCACAGGGUCACAGUUUUGUCCAAAUAGAGGGUAUAUCAUGCAGGUUGAAGUGGGAGAGGAUUUCAAAAGUGAAGAAAGAAGCCUUACCAAUGAAAAUGGUCCAAAUGUGCCAGUGAUGUACCAACAGUCAACAAAAACUGAAGAUAACCUGAAGAUGGAGUACAGCCAGUCCACAUCUACUGAAAGUGUUUCGCUGGCCUCAAGUAAAGGCCCUUGUGAGAUGUAUGAGAUACAAAGUAAUGGAUAUUAUCAAACCAAUUUGUUGAUGGGAGGAGAAUCUCUCAAAGAGAGUGGUAGUUCCUGUGCUGGAAACAAUGUUGAGCUCCAAGAUCAUUCAAUGAAGGAAAUGGAGUGCAUGCAGUUUGAAGGUAUUGAACCUGACGGCCUUAAUUUUGAUGAGCACCAGGAGAGUCGAGGUCCUUCAGAAGAGAUAAUAGAGCUUACAGAUGACAGUGAAGAUGACAGUCUUGUCUGUGUUAAGGAUUGCAACAGUGAAGGAAAGAGCAUGCCAUGCCAGGUGUGUGGGAAGGAGUUACCGGCUAACAUAGGAUUAAUUCGGCAACAUGGUAAGCUCCACAUUGAUGCGAAGGAGGGGUUGUGCAAAGUGUGUGGGGCAAAGUUCACUGACAGAAGUUCUCGAAUCACCCACGUUUUGUCUCACGUUGGAAUCUUCCUCUUCUCAUGUGAUAUGUGUGAAAUGAAGUUUGUGACGCAGUGGCAAGUGGCUGGACACAGGAAAGCAAAACCAUACGAUACUAAUAUUAUUGUCCAGCCCAACACCAUGCUCCCACCUGAACCCAAUUUUGGGGGGUCUCCAACAGAACUUUUCUGUGCAGUCUGUGGAAAGGCCAUGGCUAAAGACUACCUUGCUGUGAAAGAACACGUCCUUUCUCACCUCGACAUGAAAAGUCUUUCUUGUUGUGUUUGUGAGCAACCAUCGAGAUCUGUUUGUAGCCUAAUGUGGCAUGUAUUGUCCCAUAUGAAUAUAUCUAUUUUUUCCUGUUCUGUGUGUGGUAAUAGCUUUGUAGAUCGAACUGUUCUAGAGCAACACAUGGCUUCACACCAGGGUAUGGAGUAUUUAUUUGAAUGUAAUUUUUGCAGCAGGAAGUUCCGAUUAGAAGCCUCUUAUCAAAACCACGUGAAGAUACACAGGAGGUACAGCUCAGACAGCACAAAGGGUCUUGCUGCUCAACACCAGUGGCUCAAAAAGUCUUUAACAACAUCACCCUCAGAUGAGUCGACCAGUGAUGGACAUGUACCCGCUCUACAGCAAGAGCCCCUUCUCACCCUUCCCUUAAACCACGGCAAGACCAACUCCAAAGGGAACUGGUAUGAAUGUGAGUUUUGUAGGAAGAGGUUUUCCCAUUCUAGUGAGUUUCAGUAUCACCUGCGAAUUCACUCGGGAGAGAAGCCCUAUGAAUGCAAGCUGUGCCACAAGUUCUUCAGAGGACGAUCGACUGUCAAAAACCAUUUAAAGACUCAUUCAGGUGCCCUCAUGUAUUGCUGCACAGUUUGCCAGAGGUACUGUCCCACCUUGAACCUUAUGAUUAAACAUGUGGAGAUGCACAAAGAUGGAGGCUUGCCUCCUGACUUCAAUAUUGCACAGACUUUUAUGUACAUUGUGCAUUCCAAACAGUCAGUAAAAAUGAUGGACUAAUCUUUUAUUUGAAAAGGAACCAGACUCAAUGUUGGUUUGAAAAAAUGUAUUCAGGAUUGGACCUCAAAUAA